AUGUCGUCAAAAGCUAGGACUGUUGCUGCAGCCUCUAAGACACGACUUCAUUAUCACAGUGCAAUUGGAACGCACAGGUUAAGCCCGCGUCCCCUUAAAAACAUAUUAUAUCCGUACCAUCGCAACUAUAAACCUGUAUAUAGAGCUAGGAAUGCUAGAACACCGUCAUACUACUGGCCAGAGAUUGAUAAAUACCCUUGGCAUUCUCACCAAAAAAGAUUCCCUGCGCAAGAAUCCUUAGGUAUAGAGUUUUUCUCUGAAUUUGUGAAAAGAGAUGAACGUAUACGUACUUUAUAUGAAACGUUACACCCUUUACCACUGCGCGGCGUCAACUGCCUGGUUUGGAAACCAGUAAAAUACAAGGAAUCAGAUAGCCCAGCAAAUAGAAAGAUCAUCAAGAUAAAUGAUCUUAACUAUGUUGUAGACGAAGAAACACGUAACAAUACCUAUUACUUAAUAAAGAGUAUUGACUACAGGUUACGACCUUUCAAAGCCAAGAUUAUAGCAGAUUUAUACAUGAAAGAUUCACUGAUAAAAAGUAAUAUUAGUCCAGUUGGUUCUGUUAGAGGGAUAUGGCGAUACUCAUUUCCGUAUAAAUUUUCAGACUGCGAUUUAAAUUUAAAUGACAAAGAUACCUACAAAAAUAUUGCGUUUAAGGUCUCAGAUUUGAACUUGUAUAGACCUAACAACAUCAGACCUUUUAAAAACCUCUGUAAGGACUAA